UAAUUUUGUCAGUUUGAAUUAGAUUAUUUUCAAGAAACUUCAAAAAGUUUAAAAUAAAUGUUUUAAACCUUAAUCUUCUGAAUUAAAUCUGCUAAAAUGAAAUUUAGAAGUAUUGUUCUCGUUCUGUUAAAUUUCUUAAGAGAUGGUAGCGGAUCUUUACCUGUAGUUACCUGGCAUGGAGUAAACAACAACGCGGCUGGAAAUGAAGAUGUUGUCAGGGCUUUGAAGGAUGUGAUCCCCGAUCUCCACGUGGUGAACGUGAUGAUCGGUGAGAACAAUGAGGUUGACAAGUGGAACAGUGUUCUCAUGACAGCAGCUAACCAGGUUGAAUAUGUUUGUCGAGUAAUUAAAGGAGAUCCUCUUCUAGCCAAUGGAUACAACGCAGUGGGAGUCUCUCAAGGAGGUUUAAUGAUCCGUGGGCUGGCCCAACGCUGUCCUGAUCCCCCGAUGAAAACCUUGGUUACAUAUGGAGCUCCAUCUAACGGUAUAUUUGGAGUUCCUGACUGUUUAAGUGCUACUGAGUCCUAUGCUCUAUGUGAGCUGGUUAGACAGAUCCUAGCUGCUGCAGCAUAUGACCCUGAUCUUCAGGAUAUGGUUGCCCCAGCUCAAUACUGGAGAGAUCCUCUUAAUCAUACAAACUUUAUCGAAGGAUCCCAUUUCCUGGCUGACAUCAACAACAUGAAGGAGGAGAAGAACCCCGAGUACAAGGAGAUCAUCUCCAACUUGGAUAACUUCGUGAUGAUCAAGUGGGAGAACGAUGAGACAAUUAUCCCACGUGAGAGCAGCCAUUUUGGAUUUUAUGUUCUCGGCCAGGAUGAUAUUACUGAACCUCUAGAGGCUACGAAGAUGUACACUGAGGACUGGUUGGGUCUCCGUGUACUGAAUGAGUCAGGUCGUCUUCAUGCCUUCACAAUCCCAGGCGGGCAUAUGGACAUGCAUUUCAGCUGGUUCAAAGAAACCGUUGUUAAACCUUUUCUAGUUUAAUAAAUCUUUUUAACUUGUUUA